AUGAAUUUAUCUUACAUACCUCCUCUGGUCAUUGAAGGUGUUAAGUAUGCCCAAUUAGAUAAAAUCGAAAUUGAAAAGGAAGAGAUGAAAUGGCGAAAUUCUCUAAUUGUGUAUUCGAUUGGAGAAACACCUGGUUACAAUUUAAUGACACAAUACAUUGCUCAAGCUUGGUGUAGGGUUGCUGAACCUGAGGUAUUUCUGAUAGAUGAGGGUUACUACGUAAUCAAAUUCAAAACAGAGGCUGACAUGAGGGAGAUAUUGUACUCAGGACCAUACUCUGUGCGUAAUAGACCGCUUGUGGUUAAAGUUUGGACCCCUGACUUUGACUAUAGUGCAGAAUACUUGACUGAGAUACCAUUGUGGAUCAAAUUUUCGAAACAUCCUGUAAGAUUUUGGAGUUGUGACUCCCUUAGUAGAAUUGCUAGUACCCUGGGUAAACCUCUGUAUGCGGAUGAGUGUACAUUCAAGCAAUCUAGAAUCUCCUUUGCAAGAAUGUUGAUUGCUAUCAAUGUUUCGAAACCACUACCAAAUGAAGUAGCUGUGCUGGAACCUGAUGGAACUCAAAUUAUGCAACCAAUCUUAAAUGAGUGGAAACCACAGUAUUGUCAUAAGUGUAUAAAGGUAGAAAAUUCCACAACCACUAAUGCUCAAGAACCUAGAAGUCAUCUGCCUAGAAGCCCAACAAGAAACAGUGCACAACAACCAGAGGCAAAUAAGAAUCAAUGCACAACAAAUAAGGAACAUAGCAGGCCUGAGCUAGACCUAACCAAUUUUCCAGUCUUGCCAUCUCCUGUCAAGACUACUUCAGGACCUGUGAUAGUUAGAGGAAACGUGAGCACACUUCCCAAACCUCCUGACGAACCGGGAGGAGCCAAAUCUCAACAAUGA